AUGACUACUGCUGACAAUAGGAUAAGCACAAUGGCCAACAAUGCCGAUCCAGCCAUGCAUCAACUCCAUGUGCUGGAUGGCGCCAAGACCUGGUACUUGGAUGGAACUUUCAAGUUGGUGAAACGUCCGUUCACCCAACUGUUCUCAGUUCACGCCUUCGUCAAGGGAGACACCGGUGGGAUGAAGCAGGUUCCGCUGACCUUUGUCUUGAUAACUCGGCGGACAAAGAAAGACUAUAAGAAGGUGCUCAAGGCCCUGCGGAGAAAGCUGCCGUCCCGUGCUGCAAAUCUUCAAGAGCUGGUGGUGGACUUCAAAGUUGGACUGUGGGGUGCCAUCCGAGCUGUCUUUCCGGAUGCUUCCGUGAAUUGCCGCCUGUUCCAUUGGACACAGGCAGUCUGGAGAAAGUGUCAGGCACUCGAUUUGGCAGUACCCUACAUGUCCAACGACGGAGUUCGGGAUUUCAUCGGCCAGCUGUUGUCACUCCCGUUCUUGCCUAAUGAACAUAUCGGGCCAGCUUUUAAAGAACUCAGCAGCCUGGUGACUGAUCAACCUGCCAUGGUUGAGCUGUGCAGCUACCCUCGCACCACGUGGCUGGAGAACUCAACAUGGAGCCCACGUGACUGGAACCAGCGGCGGAUGUACAUGUACCAGCAGGUUCAAGGGAAGAUUUUCAAGUUGUGGGACGACUACCAAGCCCGUCGCCUCACAACAUCGGGACUCCUGGCAGCCUGCAAGUACCUGACAGGUCCAGCCCUGUAG